UUGGGUGUUUCUGGAGCCUUAGACCCGAAACGUAACCGAACUGAAAAGCCCCAAAGCCAUAGCCACAGCCAAAGGCGAUGGCCAUUUCUUGUCUGAGACUAUCCUUGGCUCCAUGGCUGGUGAAAACUCCAAGGCCAAGGCCUCCUUUGAAAGUAACACCUUUUCGAAUCAUUUGCACUGCUCAGUCCUCUGUAGUAGAUGAAAAGGAGCUGCCUCUCCCUCUCUCCGCCUGCAAAUGGGAACCUUUUCGCAAGAAAAAGGUGGUCAUGCGGGUCGGCUACGUUGGCACCGACUACAGAGGUCUUCAACUGCAGCGAGAUGAACACGAGCUAUCUACUAUUGAAAAUGAACUGGAAACUGCCAUUUUCAAGGCUGGAGGAAUCCGUGACAGUAAUUAUGGUGAUCUGCACAAAAUUGCUUGGGCCAGAAGCAGCCGAACAGAUAAAGGAGUUCACUCUUUGGCAACAAUGAUCUCCUUGAAAAUGGAGAUACCUGAAGAUGCUUGGAAGGAAGACCCCAAUGGCAUUGCCCUGGCUAAAUGUGUUAACUCUUAUCUUCCCGACAAUAUCCGAGUCUUCAGUAUAUUACCUUCACAAAAGAGUUUCGAUCCUAGAAGGGAAUGUAAUCUCCGGAAAUAUUCCUACCUUCUACCAGCUGAAAUCAUUGGAAUAAAAAGUCACUUCACUGAAGCUGAAACUAAUUAUCAUAUAUCAGACUUCAACAGUAUAUUAAACUGUUUUGAGGGUGAACACCCUUUCCAUAAUUAUACUCAAAGAGCCAAGUACAGAAGACGAGUUCCUCCUAGGCAAACUGCCAGAAAUGGUCGUCCACCAAGAGCUAAAUCUCAUAAUGGCUCAUCAACUUCCGAGAUGGAGGAAAGUGAUGUAGAGGAAGAUACAAGGAUCGAUGAAACAAGUACAGUAAAUAAUGAGGAAAUGUCUUGUGGUUUUGGUGAACCUGUGGUUGAUUCUUGUAACAGUCAGGGUAAUGGCUCGAAGGAUCAAAGUCCCAAGGUAGUUAUAGCAAGAUGGUUACAUGAACCUGACGAGACAGAUAGAAUAACAGGUUCCCACUUUCGAAAAAUUUUUCACUGUUCUUGCGGAAAGCUGCAGAAUUCAAUGGGAUUUGAUUACGUUGAAAUUUCCAUAUGGGGAGAGUCUUUCAUGCUACAUCAGAUCCGCAAAAUGGUUGGUACUGCCGUAGCUGUGAAGCGCAAAUUGCUCCCAAGAGAUAUUCUAACAUUAUCGCUAGCCAAAUUCUCACGGGUUGUCCUUCCCCUUGCUCCAUCUGAAGUUCUAAUUUUGAGGGGGAACACAUUCAUAUUGAGAAAGGCGCCUGGUAAUGUAACAAGACCUGAAAUGCUGACGAUGGUUGAAUCAAAAGAAAUCCUCAAGGCAGUUGAUGAGUUCUACAAAUCUGUAAUGUUGCCGCAAGUUUCAAAAUUUUUGGACCCUUCCAAAUCACCCUGGGAAGAAUGGGUUGAAAAUUUAGAUUUUAACACAGGCAUUCCCGAUGCAGAGUUGGAUGAAGUCAGGAAUGCUUGGAAGCUGUGGAAGGAGAAGUUGCCGAUUAGGCGAACUUCUUCUGCACCGGCAGUGAGCCUAUAAAACACACUGAAAUUUUCAGCAUUAUUUGAUAUUUGUCUGUCAUUUAUGCUAGAAUCAAUGGAAAGGAGGAAUAGGCUAAACAAUUUUGAUUGAUACUUGCUAGCUUGUAUUCAAGAUGAUGAGAACGGCCUUUGCGAAUUUGAUUCUGUGCAGGGUCAGAUGAAUCAAGACUCUGGCUUAGUCGGAAAACUUUUUGAACAAAGUGAUGUGAAGGUCACAGAAGUAGAGGUAAAUAGCACAAGAUUCACCACCGGUCGGCUAAGAUAGGAGAAUGCAUUUUUUUUUUUUCUAUAUUUUGACUUAAAAGGCUUAGAAUACAUGUUAUAGAGUGCUAAAUUGUGGUCAAGAACUUGCUUGCCAAUCUUUCCAUUUUCACCUUAAUAAUUUUUUGUUCAAUACGAAAAACCAAGUUAUGCCUAGCA